UCUUGGAUUGUGCCAGCCAUGCAGAGCUUAGACUGCUGGAUAGGCUGCCUGAUUGGAGCCCUGUAUUUGGUCCAUGCCAGUUCCCAGGCAGAUACUUGGCUGACAGAGAUGCAUAGGAAGAAGGAAAAUGGGUUCCUGGGCAGGGAAGACACUGUUCCUUUGCGGCUGAUCUUCAGUAGUGAACAGGACAACCAGACCGCACGUGGAUUGCUCAACACUCGGGUCAGGAUGGACAACAGUCAGGACCAGUCCACCCACAUUGCACAAGUCAGCUUCCAAAUAGAUGCGUUUGGGUCGUCGUUCAUCUUGGAUGUUGAGCUGAACCAUGACCUGCUGUCUUCAGACUACGUGGAAAGACAUAUUACAAAAGACGGGAGCACAGUAGAAAUGAAAGGUGGAGAACAUUGUUACUACCAGGGCCAAAUCCGAGGAAAGCCUACGUCUUUCGUGGCUCUAUCAACUUGUCAUGGACUUCAUGGGAUGUUCUGUGAUGGGAAUCAGACGUAUCUCAUUGAACCAGGAGAGAAAUACAAACCAAACGAUGAUUAUCAAUUACAUUCUGUUUACAAAUCGAAAGUGCUUGAAUUUCCUCUUGACGAAUUGCCGUCUGAAUUCUGGUCGCUGAAUGAGACAUCUGUGAAGCUGAGUCAGACGUCAGGACCUCGGAGGAAAAAGAGAAAUGUUCAGUGGGUAUCAAAUAAUGUCAAGGAUGAGACGAAAUAUGUGGAACUAAUGAUUGUUAAUGAUCACCUAAUGUAUAAGAAGCAUCGUUUAUCUGUUGGACAGACAAACAGUUAUGCCAAAUCUGUAGUGAACAUGGCGGAUUUAAUCUAUAAGGAACAGCUGAACACCAGAAUAGUGCUGGUCGCUAUGGAAACGUGGGCGAACGACAAUAAAUUCAGCAUUUAUGAAAAUCCUCUAAAGACGCUGAAGGAGUUCAUGAAAUACAGGAAGGAUUUUAUCAAAGACAAAAGUGACGUUGUCCACCUCUUUUCGGGGAGCCAGUUUGAAAGCAGCAGAAGUGGUGCAGCCUACAUUGGUGGAGUCUGUUCUUUGCAAAAAGGAGGCGGGGUAAAUGAGUUUGGGAGGACGGAUGUCAUGGCUAUCACUUUGGCGCAGUCUCUGGCUCAUAAUUUAGGCAUUUUUUCAGAUAAAAAGAAGCUGCGUAGAGGGGAGUGUAUAUGUGAAGAUAAAUGGUUUGGAUGCAUCAUGGAAGAUAUCGGCUACUAUCUCCCCAACAAGUUCUCCUCCUGUGAUGUAGAAGAAUACCACGACUUUCUGAGCAGCGGCGGUGGAGCCUGUCUGUUCAAUAAACCAUUAAAGCUCUUGGAUCCCCCUGAGUGCGGCAAUGGCUUUGUUGAAGUUGGAGAAGAAUGUGACUGCGGCACUGCAGCGGAGUGUGCGGUGCAGGGAGGGGACUGCUGCAGGAAGUGCAUGUUAACCCAGGAAUCACAGUGCAGUGACGGGCUGUGCUGCUCCAAAUGCCAGUUUAUUCAAAAAGGAGUGUUUUGUCGGGACGCUGUGAAUGACUGUGAUAUACCAGAAAUGUGUACAGGAAAUUCAAGCCAGUGUCCAUCAAAUAUACAUAAAUUAGAUGGAUAUCCCUGUAAAAACCGAGAGGGUCUUUGUUCUGGUGGAAUAUGUAAAACCAGAGACAGGCAGUGCAAAUACAUCUGGGGUGACAAAGCGGCAGUUGCGGACAGGUACUGCUAUGAUAAGCUGAAUAUAGAAGGCACCGAGAAAGGCAACUGCGGCCGCAAUAUGGACACCUGGAUACAAUGCAGCAAACAGGAUGUCCUCUGCGGCUAUCUUUUGUGUACCAACAUUUCGGGGUUGCCAAGACUUGGGGAACUGGUUGACUCAAUUACAACAUCAUCUGUCCAAAAUCAAGGAAAAUUCUUAAACUGCAGCGGUGGACAUGUAAAGCUGGACGAGGAAACUGAUCUUGGCUAUGUAGAAGAUGGCACACCAUGUGGAGAGCAGAUGAUGUGCCUGGACCAUAGAUGUCUUCCUGUAGAUCCCUUUAAUUUCAGUUCUUGUCUCGGCAGCUCCAAAAAGAUCUGUUCUGGACAUGGUAUCUGCAGCAAUGAAUUGAAAUGCGUCUGUGAUGAUGAAUACACGGGGGACGACUGCAGCACUUAUUUCCCAUACAAGGAAAAAAAGGAAAUCAAGGUUAACGAUGGAGUUGUUAGUACAAACAUUAUCAUAGGAGCUAUUGCUGGUACCAUGCUAGUGCUGGUCUUGGUGUUAGGAAUUACAGCUUGGGGCUACAAGAACUAUCGGAGAGAAAGACAAAUACCCCAGGGAGAUUAUGUAAAAAAGGCUGGAGAUGUCGACUCCUUUUAUAGCGACUUGCCUCCCGGAGUCAGCUCAAACUCAGGAUCUAGUUCUAAGAAGAGGUCUGCUAUUCUGUCGCAUUUUCAGAUUUCUGCCUGUUCCAUCCCACAUUAUUCCAUUAGUCAGAACAUUUCAUUAUUUUGCCGAAGAUCUAAUGGUCUGUCUCACUCAUGGAGCGAAAGGAUCCCGGACACUAAGCAUGUCUCCGAAGUUUGUGAAAACGGAAGACCAAGGAGUAACUCCUGGCAAGGGCAGGGCUUCACUCCCAGCCAUGCAAUUCCAGCAGAAGGCAACAUAAGCAGCAGCAGAAAAAAGCUAAGAGGAAAGAGAUUCAGACCACGAUCAAAUUCCACUGAAACACUGUCACCUGCCAAGUCUCCAUCCUCAUCUACAGGAUCCAUUGCUUCUAGCCGAAAAUACCCGUACCCGUUGCCCCCGCUUCCCGAUGAGGAGAAGAAGCCAAGCAGACAGAGCGCACGGCUGUGGGAAACGUCCAUCUAGAUGAAGAAAGUUUCUUCGUAGUGGAUUGUAAAGGGUUAACACAGUACCUGCACUCCAUUCAUCAACCAAUACUGAAGGACCAUUCUUGUUUACAGAGACUUUUGCCUUUAUGAAGAGGCUCUCGCUACCAAUUAUACUUUCCCAUUCCCGAGGAUUGAAGAAAGACUGAAUCUUAAUUACGUCAAUGGGGGUGGAGGUGGUUUAUGCAUGAUUGAUAUCAUUUUUUGAUGCCAGGUAUAAAUUCUCGUAUUUGCAGAACAGAGGUCUAAAUUGAUUAGCGCAUUAACCAUCCAUUGUUCACCACCAGAGUCUACGAAAACCAUUGUUAGUUUCCAUGCACGACGCCCCUAGUGGUCACUUCUGUUCAAUGCAUGCACAUAUAAAACUUGCCACUUGCUAUAGAUACAUUGUUCUGUAAGCAUGGAACCAUAGAGGAUAAUCAAGCUUUUUUUUUUUUUUUUUUUUUUUAAGCCAAAAUUUUGCCUAAAUUACAUUUAUAGUCACACAUUUUGUACAUAUGUACAUUUUAAAUUGUAAAAAAAAAAAUAUAUAUUAGGUAUAGUGCAUUAUUUUGAGAAACGCUUCACUGAGACGUGAGCACACUGUUAGUUUUACACGAGGACAGUAACACAAUGCAACAAAUAGAGCACUGAUAUUGUAGACAGGACGUGGCAACUAGUGCAUCUCCAACUGCGGUGGGACCUGUGGUCUUCAGAAAGUCCAGGCCCGUGAUAUAAUCAAUGACCACAGCAGAUGGAGAGCCGCUGAUUGCCUGCCUGUAGACACAGAAGGACGAUGUAGAUAAAAUAGAGAUUUCGUAUGUAAGCGAGAGCAAUGGCAUCGAAAACACGAACAUUUGUGCCAUAUAUAUUUUGGGAGGAAAUCCUAAAUUCAGAGAUUAUAUGUCUAAUUCUGCAGGAUGUUUUUAGCAGGUUAUGAUGGGAAUGUAUGACCUUCUAUGAUGGUUGUUCUUUGGCAUGACAAGAUACCUCCAGUAACUGACGAUAUCAUACACGUCACUCCGUUUUAUAAAGCAGAACACGUUGUGGACUCUCGGAUUAAUUUACUGUAAAAAUCAUCACAUACAUAAACUGAGUGUCCGGUUCUGGCCCUCCAGGUAACAAGACCCUCCGGAAGGCCAUGACGUGGAUAUCCCUACUAUAACCAGUGCUGUGCCUUUCUGAUGCAUCGAUGGAAACUUGCAGAAGCUCAUCAUAGAUACAGCUUAUUUAAUAAUAUGGUGCUUCAGAAAUAGUGUGGACGUCACAGUACGGGCAAAGAUUAGAGGGGUCCUAGACUAUAAAGAAGAGGUGCCCGGAAACUGGGGCAGGCGGAAACUCUCAUAUAAAGCUUGCCUUAGAUCAGCCUACAUAUCCACUUUCGAAAAUCAAUUCAUGGGGCAAUCCUACUACAAGCAGGGGUGCACCACCAAUGAGGCCAGGUGAGGCGAUCGCCUCAGGCGGCAAGAGGGGGGCAGCAGAAGGGCCAUGGGCAAUGAGCGCUUUCAUUGUGGCAAAGGGGUUAGGUUACAAAAUUGGCAUGGGGGUGGCACAGUUUACAUUUUUGCCUCAGGCGGCAGAAAGGCUAGGUGCAUCCCUGACUACAAGCCAUAGUGAAAGCCUUGAUUAAAAAGUCCCAAGUCUCCAACAACAGACAAACCCACUGUAGUCGGAUCCUGAAGUCACACACGCUUUCAUCUGUACAUUACUAAAUUAUCAAAGGGGUUAUCCGACCCCUGAAAUGCCCUCAAUAUACCCGGGCCCCUCACACAAUGUACAUACCUUGCUCCCCGCUGCAUCUCCCUUUCACGUGGAUG